CACUGUCCCGGUUGCAGCUCCGCACAGGCCCCUGGCACAGGCGAGGAGCAGGAGCUUCUGAGGUGUCGCCGCGUAGCAGCAACUGCAGCUUGGGGCUCGGAACGAACGAGAAGAAACAGGCAUGGGGAAGGGCCGGGCACCGUGCUGCGCCAAGGUGGGGCUCAACAAGGGCUCCUGGACGCCGGAGGAGGACAUGCGCCUCAUCGCCUACAUUCAGAAGUACGGCCACGCCAACUGGCGCGCCCUGCCCAAGCAAGCAGGUCUGCUGCGGUGCGGGAAGAGCUGCCGGCUGCGGUGGAUCAACUACCUGCGCCCGGACCUCAAGCGCGGCAACUUCACCGCCGAGGAGGAGGAGGCCAUCAUCAAGCUCCACGGCUUGCUCGGGAACAAGUGGUCCAAGAUCGCGUCGUGCCUGCCGGGCCGGACGGACAACGAGAUCAAGAACGUCUGGAACACGCACUUGAAGAAGCGGGUGUCGCCGGCCGGGGAGGAGCGCGGCGCCGCCGGGUCCAAGAAGAAGAAGAAAAAGAAGACGACGAAGGCAGCCGCUGGCGGUGGCGCGGAGGCGCCGCUGCCGCUCCCGUCGCCGUCGCCGUCCUCGUCCACGACGACGACCAACUUCUCCAGCGGCGACUCCGGCGAGCAGCAGAGCAACAACAUGAGCAAGGAAGCGGACGACGAGCUGGACCUGGAGAACUUCGAGAUGAUGCCGAUGCUCGACGUCGACGACCCCAGCUUCGGCUUUGGCACGCUGGUGGACACCGCGCCAGCGCCGUACGGCUCGGCCGUGUCCGUGUCCGUGUCCGCGGCAACGUCUCCGUGCGCCUCGUCCACGUCCCCGCCGCCGGCGAGCGCCCCGCCCGGCGUGGACGACCUGCUCGUGCUGCCCGAGAUCGACAUCGGCCAUGAGCUGUGGAGCAUCAUCGACGGCGAUGCCGCUGAGGCACCGGCGCCGUGCUGCCAGAGGAAUCCGGCAGAGCCGACGAACGGCGCCGACGCGGCCAGCCACGGAGCGGAGGGAAAGGAGUGGUGGUUGGAGGACCUUGAGAGGGAGUUGGGCCUGUGGGGCACCGUGGAGGACUACCAGUACCCAAUGGGCCCCCAGGGUCUGCUGGUCGCUGACCACCCGGACCCGAUUCCUGCCAUGGUGGACGACCCAGUGUCCUGUUGAUAUCAUUACGAAUUUGUUAAUCCAUAUGUGAUAGGAAUAACCGAACAAGGUCUCAAGUGACCGAAAUCCGCUGCGUUAGGGGCGGUUUUGCGUGUUAGGAUGCGCUCCGGCGAAACGAUGGUUGGAGAAUGUAAAUGGGUUAACGGGUUUGGUGUUUUUUAAACAUAUCAAAUGCACUUCAAUUUCAAUGUGAAAUAUAUCAUUACGAAUUUGUUAAUGUGACCUGUUGAUAUCAACAGCUUAGCUAGUAUGGGGGGUAAAUCGAAUAAUAUGAGUGGCACGUACCAAAUGGCAACA